AUGGUCGAAGAAAAGCCCAAAGGGGUCGCAGGGGUCCCCAAGGCGGAGGACAAAUCGACCAGCGACAUCGACUCCUCAGUUGAGGAAGUGAGCGAUUUUGAAUUGAGAGGACUGUCAUUAGUCCUCGUUUUUGUGGGACUUGCGCUCGCUGUUUUUCUCAUGUCAUUGGACUCGGCCAUUAUUUCAACAGCCAUUUCUCGUAUUACAUCACAAUUCAACAGCACAGGCGAUAUAGGGUGCUUUCCGAUGAAGGGAAUGUUUCUUGGAUGCCUUGCUGUCUUGCAGCUGGGCUCCUUGCUUUGUGCUCUUGCGGUCAAUAGCCCGAUGCUUAUUGUUGGUCGUGCUAUAGCCGGAGCUGGGGCAGCAGGCUGCUGCACAGGAGGGUUCUGCAUUGUUGCAGUUUCUCUACCUCUGGAGAAGCGACCUUUUGCUGUCGCAAUUCUUCAAUCAAGCUUUGGAAUCGCCACCAUCAUUGGGCCAUUGCUUGGAGGUGCGUUUACGCAGCAUUCGACGUGGCGAUGGUGUUUCUGGAUCAACUUGCCUCUUGGAGCCGUCACAAUCUUGACAUUGGUAUUCUUCUUUAACCCCCCAUCACGAAACUCUACAAAAGUUUCAUUGAUUCUUCACCGGCUGGAAAGCUUGGAUUUACUCGGUGCUAUCUUUUUCGCCCCGGCUGUUAUCAUGAUACUCUUAGCUGUUCAGUGGGGAGGAACUGAAUACGCGUGGAAAAGUGCGACAAUUAUUGGUCUUUUCAUUGGAGGCGCCGGGCUAGGUGUCAUCUUUGCUUUUUGGCAAGUAUACAGAGGGGAGAAAGCUAUGAUACCUCCUCGUCUGUUUACUAAUCGCAUGAUGUUCUUCGCCUGUUUUGCGGAAUUCUUUGCCUUGGGUGCGGUCUGCAUAUCAAUAUACUAUAUCCCUGAGUGGUUCCAAGUUGUUAAGAACGCUUCACCCGCAACAUCCGGCGUCAUGUAUCUUCCUCUGGCACUGUCUGAUGUACUAUCUACCAUUAUCGCCGGGGCUUCGCUGAAGUAUUUGGGCUACCCGAACCUCUACAUUCUGUUCGGAACCGCCCUGAUGAGUAUAGCGACAGGGUUAUUUCCCACUUUCACUACAACCACUCCCCACCAGCACUGGAUCCCAUUCCAAGCCCUACAGGGUCUUGGCGCCGGAAUGACCAUGUCAAUGCCCUAUGUCGCAACCCAAAUAAUACUCAAGCCUGAGGAUAUCCCUGUCGGUACCUCGCUCCUCCAGUGCCUCCAGUUCUUCGGAGCUGCUGUGAGUCUUGCCGUCGCGGAAGCUACUUUCGAGAACAGACUUGUGUCAGGAUUGGCCAGCUCGGGAUACACAGAGGAAGCAAUCGAGAAUUUCAUCAACGCAGGCUCUACGUCUGUGAGGAGCGUGGUUCCCAAAUGCGUGCGUAUAACAACGCCCUCACGAUAA